UCGAUAACCAGAAACCAGUUGAGAUUCUCCAAUUGUGAAUAUAUUCUCGUGUUUUUGUUUGUACACACGCUUGUGUCUUUGCUUUACACAAGAUGAUCAUAAGAUGUAAUAUUAUUAGGCAUUUAGGAUGUCGAAAUGUGUUUACCUCUUCAUCUGUAUUCACUUAUCACAAAAAUUUUGAAUCAGCCAAGGAUCCUUUUCCAACACCGAAAAGAUGGUUACAAAUGAACGAUUAUAUGCUUGAACCUCAAUCACCUGACGAACCUAAAAGAAGAGCAGUUUAUUAUCAUGUUAGGGAUAACAUUAAAUAUUCGCCAAAGAAAAUGUGGUAUAUUUGCUGUUUGGUCAGAGGAUUAUCAGUCGAUGAAGCUAUCAAACAACUUUCUUUUAUACCUAAGAAAGGAGCUGUUUUAGCUAAAGAAGUGUUAGAGGAAGCACAGGAAAAAGCGAUGGCCACUGGAUUAUUCGAAUUUAAAUCAAAUAUGUGGAUUGGUCAGUGUCAUGCUACUAAAGGAGUCGUAUUUAAGGGCAUAAGGAAACAUGCACGGUUUCGAAUGGGAGAGAUUAGAUGCUUCCAUACGCAUUUAUUUUAUGCUCUGGUAGAAGGUCCACCACAAGAAAAUUAUUAUUUCCCUGGUCCACUCACUAACAAACAACGUUUAGACGCUUAUGUUAAUUGGCUGAGAGAAAGAAGAAUCACGCAUUCAAUUUAAGUUUGACAACUAAUAAGAUAAUUAUGGCAUCUAAAUAGUAGAUUUAAAAAUAAAUUAAACUUGCAAAAACAUUUAAUCCCCUCAAUACAAGCCAAAAUAACGUUGCCUUGUCUUUUGUAUAAAAUUGAAUAUCAUUUCAGAGCCGGUACCAAAAAAAUCAAUAAAACUUUUAAAGAUGUAGUUAAAAA